ACCACCAGAGAUGGAGAUUACAGCAUUGCGGGAGUAACAGUCUGCAUGCCGACUUGUUCCUUGCAGGAGACAAAUUCAGUUAACGAACUUUUUCUUUCAAGGAGGACCAUUAUUCCUGACGUUAAUAAUGUGUAGAAGGAUCUCGGUUCUGCUGCUGUCUCUGAUUUAAAAGCUAUCAACCUUGGAGAGCGAGGUCUGUUUGGAUAGCCAGAACACCUCGGGUCCAGGCUAUUUCAGCAAGACAAACAUCCAGUCUGGAGUCAUUUUCUACUGCAUUCAGAAUGAUCUGAGCAAGACUUCUGGACGCUGACUACAUUCCUCAUCUCUCUCUCUCUCCUUUCCUUCUCUCUCACCUCCCCUGUCCGUCUCGUCUUUUCGCGGGGGUAGCACAGGCUGCCCAGUGAGUUAGCCCCCUUUUCAGCGUCGGGUAAGCUGGCAGAGAUGGGACGCCUCGGGUUCAGCACCACGGAGAGCGCCAGACCUCUGAUCCUCGGUGUGCUUGGUAUGCUGGCGCUGUCCGUGGUGCUGGCAGAGCAGGAGGGGGAGAACCUGUCCGGUCUUUCCAACAAUCCUGACAGAGCCAUUUUUGCAGUCCGGGAGAACGGCACAACAUGCCUGAUGGUAGAGUUCGUCGUGAAAUUCCUCGUGCCAUAUGACGUGCUGGCGCUCAACGGGAUAGACUUGAUCACAGAGCAGGCGCCGUUUACCCUGCCCCGCAGUGCAGAAAUCGAGGGGAAAUGUGGGAGCACCGAGUCAGAGAUCCACAUAACCUGGAAGAACAACGCCUACAACUUUAGCAUCCACUUCUCUAAGGAGUUGCGUAACAAGGGCAUCGAGGUGUGGAAGAUGAGCAAGGUCCAGUUCGUCUACGACACCUCGGAGACCUCGCAUUUCAUCAACGCUUACAACCCUGGGAAGCACACAGCCACCACCCACCGCCUGUCAGCCCUGGUGACCCCCACGGGCCGCUCCUUUGUGUGCAUAGCACAGCAGACCAUCACCCUCAUCUCAAGUGACCACCAGAAAGGUGUCACCAUCUCCAUGUACGACAUCCAGAUCCAGCCCUUUGACAUCGCCUCUGACUUCGUGUUCAGUGAACCCUACAAGUGUAUCACUGACCAGCGGGAGCGCCUAGAGGAGACCCUCCCCCUUGUCCUGGGCCUCAUUUUGGGCCUCGUGAUCAUCAUCACGCUCACUGUCUACCACUUCCACCUCAAGCUGACGGCAAGCCAGUCCCAGCUCCCCAGAGAUCGUUCCAUGUAUAAGAACAUGUAAUCAGCAGCACAACGGCGCCUCCCUCAGCUCUCUCCAAAGCUAACCUGCUUGAUGUUCCAGGCCUAAGACCACAGAGGAACGUGCCCUGCCACGGACUGACUCCCUGACAGAGAAGUGCGUGUAGCCUGUACCAUAGGCUGACUGGAACAGCUAAAACACAUGUCAAUGGGACAGCCUGGGUGUAUUUGGAGAGUAAACCCACCAAAUUCUAUUUUAUCUGACUGCUGAAUUAACCUCAAUGCCAUAAAUUCACAGUCUGUACUACAGCGACUACAAUUUUACUAAAAAUAAAGCAAAUUUAUAAUUUUCUGAAAAUGAGUUAUGCUCAGAUUGAGGCAUGUUUGUCAUCGGAAAGUCAGUUAUGAGGUCAGUUUACCUGAUUUUAACCCACAUAACAUCACUAGGACCUUUUCAUCACUUCAGCCAUUUUUAUCCAACUUGUCUUUUGAAAGAAUUUUCUGAUAUUGCCUGAGCUUCUGCUGUGUUCCACUGUUGGUUGUCUUCUCUCUCUCUCUCUGAAAUUGCUUCCUCAUAAUUUCCAGUACCUGUUGGUGGUUUUGUAUUUGCUACUCCUAAUAUCUUUUUUUUUUCAAGAAUGCCUUUUAUUUCAUGUAAUGAAUGCAUAGUGUCAACAGCAGACAAGUCUUGUAGCGUGUGUAGUGCAGUGGCUUGUUUUUGCGUUGACGUCAAAUCUUUUCUCCACAGAUGUAUUGAACAUAUCAAAAAAGGAAAAACAAAUAAACGUCUGACAAAAUUUCUGUAGUAAAUAGAAUUUAUCAGAUUGCCAUAUAAGUGCUUGUGAAAGUACAGAGGUUAAACAUUUUACAAAAUAAUGUGUAUAAUGUUUUCAGAAACAAAGUCUAUGCAUAAACCUCUGCUGAUGCAAUUCUCUGCAGUAUUCCUCUGUUCACUGAAAUAAAUUCCUUCACCUCUACAGCCCUGUCAAGUU